AUGGCAAUGAGGGAGCUGGUGGAGGCGGAAUGUGGGGGUGCCAACCCACUCAUGAAGCUGGCCGGGCACUUCACCCAGGACAAGGCCCUUCGACAGGAGGGCUUGAGGCCCGGCCCCUGGCCUCCAGGAGCCCCAGCCUCGGAGUCGGUCUCUAAGCCUUUGGGGGUAGCCUCUGAAGAUGAGUUGGUGGCUGAGUUCCUCCAGGACCAGAAUGCACCUCUCGUAUCCCGUGCCCCUCAGACCUUCAAGAUGGAUGACCUCCUGGCCGAGAUGCAGGAGAUUGAACAGUCAAACUUCCGCCAGGCACCCCAGAGAGCCCCUGGUGUGGCAGACUUGGCCUUGUCUGAGAACUGGGCCCAGGAGUUUCUCGCAGCUGGAGAUGCUGUGGAUGUCUCUCAGGAGUAUAAUGAGACUGACUGGUCCCAAGAGUUCAUCUCUGAAGUUACAGACCCUUUGUCCGUGUCCCCAGCCCGCUGGGCUGAGGAGUACCUGGAGCAGUCAGAGGAGAAGCUGUGGCUGGGAGAGCCAGAGGGAACGGCUGCUGCUGAUCGCUGGUAUGAUGAAUACCAGCCCGAGGAGGACCUGCAGCACACAGCCAGUGACUUUGUGGCCAAGGUGGAUGACCCCAAGCUGGCUAACUCUGAGUUCCUGAAAUUCGUGCGGCAGAUUGGCGAGGGGCAGGUGUCCCUGGAGUCCGGCGCAGGGUCAGGCCGAGCUCAGGCAGAGCAGUGGGCGGCAGAGUUUAUUCAGCAGCAGGGUACGUCAGAGGCCUGGGUUGACCAGUUCACAAGACCAGUAAACACGUCUGCCCUUGAUAUGGAGUUUGAACGAGCCAAGUCAGCCAUAGAGUCUGAUGUCGAUUUCUGGGACAAGUUGCAGGCAGAGUUGGAGGAGAUGGCAAAGCGUGAUGCUGAGGCCCACCCCUGGCUCUCUGACCAUGACGACCUCACGUCUGCUUCCUAUGACAAGGGAUACCACUUUGAGGAGGAGAACCCCCUGCGGGACCACCCUCAGCCUUUCGAGGAGGGGCUUCGGCGGCUCCAGGAGGGGGACCUGCCCAAUGCCGUGCUGCUCUUUGAGGCGGCCGUGCAGCAGGACCCCAAGCACAUGGAAGCUUGGCAGUAUCUGGGAACCACCCAGGCAGAGAACGAGCAAGAACUUUUAGCCAUCAGUGCGCUGCGGAAGUGCCUGGAGCUAAAGCCAGACAACCGGACAGCCCUGAUGGCACUAGCUGUGAGCUUCACCAAUGAAUCCCUGCAGCGGCAGGCCUGUGAGACCCUGCGAGACUGGCUACGCUAUACGCCGGCCUAUGCCCACCUGGUGGCACCCAGGGAGGAGGGGGCCGGUGGGGUGGGCCUGGGCACCAGCAGGCGCAUCCUGGGGUCCCUAUUGUCCGACUCCCUGUUUCUUGAAGUGAAAGAGCUCUUCCUGGCGGCUGUGCGCCUGGACCCAACAUCCAUCGACCCUGAUGUGCAGUGUGGCUUGGGGGUCCUUUUCAACCUGAGCGGGGAGUAUGACAAGGCGGUGGACUGCUUCACCGCUGCGCUCAGCGUCCGCCCUGAUGACUAUUUGCUGUGGAAUAAGCUAGGGGCCACCCUGGCCAAUGGAAACCAGAGUGAAGAAGCAGUAGCUGCAUACCGCCGGGCCCUUGAACUCCAGCCUGGCUAUAUCCGGUCCCGCUACAACCUGGGCAUCAGCUGUAUCAACCUUGGGGCCCACCGGGAGGCUGUGGAGCACUUUCUGGAGGCCCUGAACAUGCAGAGGAAGAGUCGGGGCCCUCGGGGUGAAGGGGGCGCCAUGUCAGAGAAUAUCUGGAGCACCCUGCGUUUGGCCUUGUCCAUGUUAGGCCAGAGCGAUGCCUAUGGGGCAGCUGAUGCCCAGGACCUGCCCACCCUCCUGGCGAUGUUCGGCCUGCCCCAGUGA